AUGGUGAAGAGUUCUGGUAAAGAGUCAAAAGAGCCUGCUAAGGGUAAAGCGCGAGGCAAGAUUCAUAGGGUAGGAGGAAUGGUAAACUGGCAAACGUUAUUUUUGGUCUCCUUGAGGAGAGAAGGCAGUUCCUCCCGUUAUAAAUACAAGUCAAAUAUAGAAAGAAUCACACAUCAGGCCUUUCCUCGCUCUAAAAAGGCCUUUAAAAGAGUACAACUUGCUUAUGAGUAUUGUGAUCUUGGUGGGGAGCUGUACAAUGCCUCACUUGUGGACUUACAGAAACUCCUGCUACGAGAUAUAAAUGCCCCCAAUGGACACGUUCUUAAAAUCGUUAGGACAGAUCUGAUCGAAAAAAGCCGAAAUAACAGAGUUCAGCAUUGGGAUCAGAUUCUACCUAUCUUUAGUCAUCCUUUAAGCCUUUACGAAGCACCGCUGGGUGUGAUGAACAGGGACUACAAGCCGUCGUUCGAAUGGCAACAAUUAAUAACGGUACGGUCCAAAGAUGAAAAAUAUCAAUUGCAACGUGUUAUCUGGCCCAAAUCGGUGCUCGCAAACUUCUGUAGAGGAAUCGGUGUUAAGAAAAGUACUUACGAUAGACUCCUGAAGCAAAAUGAUGGACAAGUGCCCGUGUUUGUUAACCCCGCUAAUGCAAAACCUUUGCCACUUUUCGAGAUUACUGACGACACAGAAAUUGGCGAAUUUGAUGGUAUUGGUAUCUUCCCCUACUUUGUGGAAGAGCACCAGAGGUUUUUCGUUACCGAGGUAGAUAAGCUGAAAACAAAGUUAAUCUCACCACUUUGUAGCCCAAAUGAGAAAACAAGAAUCGAUAAAGCUAACAGCGGUCGUUUGCUAGAGGAUGAAAAGGGUAAACCGUUUCACUCAGAUACAAAAGGCACAGCGAAGCAAGUGGCAAAUGGCAACAUUAAUACCUUAAGACAACUCCUAAAUGGUUCCAUUAGCCAGAAGACACUGUGGAGCAAACAAACAACCAAGGAUAGAACAUGUCCUGGUGACGUACUGAGAGCCACAGUGUUAUCAAACGACUUUUCCAUGAGCCAGUUGAAGAACGAGUUCUGUAAAAACUUCAUUCUUUAUAACAUAUUCACCAUCUUACAGCGUAAUAAGAAGAAUAUCCGUUCCGUCACUUCUGGAACUGAUAUAUCUGCUUCAAGUUUUGAUUGGAAAGUUUGGGACUCAUACAUAUGGAAACAGUACCAAGAAACCGAGUCCAUGGGAAUUCCCAUGAGUCAAGCUGGCCUGAUCAACUACAAGGCAAAAUACGAUCUAUUUCUGCAGGAUUUACAAACCUAUUCUACACUAGUAAUUUCCGAGAUGAAAUGGAACCAGUUCUCCAUCUUCCAUAAUGACAAAAUAUCACUGUCAAGAUUUGAACACAUUGGACUGAUUUUACAAACCAUAUUGACCAACUCUCGAAUGAUAAAGGUUUUCCAACCCAACUUGUGCAAAUUUAUGCAAGACGACUUACGAUCAACGUUUUUGGAAUCGAUAAAUUUCGUUGACUCAAUAAGUAAAACGGUAGAGCCUAGCUUCACAAACGAACAAUCACUGCAAUCUGCGAGUGCGUUAUGGAAGUUGACUAAUCAAUUAUUAUUCUUCGAAAAUGAAAUAUAUGCAGAGAAUUUCCGUGUCAAUAGACCCAACCAAAGCCGUCCCCUGACAGUAUCAGAAAACUUUAAGAUCGUGAUCCUGGAUAAACUAAACGCCAUUCCCGAAACAUUCAAGACGUUGUUGAAGUUCAUGACGCAAAUAAGCACAUAUUUUGUGGAAGAUUUGACUGACAUAGAGCUUCAUGGGCACAUGCACUGCAUUGAGAAGAAGAUGCUAGAUAAAUCGACAUUCAUGUAUCUAUACGAAUUGAAAUACAAUGAAGCUCCCAAAACGAUUCCGCCUCCAGAAGAGAAAAUCGUUGAUAAUAUUAUUGACUUAUUAUCAAAUGAUAAAGAGAAUUAA